CGGGCUCUGCACUGUGAUCCCUGAGCAGCGGGCGCGGCCCUGGGCAGAGCAGUUCGGCGGCGGGCGGGGCCGGUGAGCGGUACCAUGGCGGAGAGCGACUGGGAUACGGUCACGGUGCUGCGCAAGAAGGGCCCUAGCGCGGCCCAGGCCAAGUCCAAGCAGGCGAUCCUGGCAGCGCAGCGGCGUGGAGAGGACGUGGAGACCUCCAAGAAGUGGGCAGCAGGCCAAAACAAACAACACUUUAUUACAAAGAACACAGCCAAGCUCGACCGAGAGACAGAGGAGCUGCACCAUGACAGAGUUCCCCUGGAGGUGGGCAAGGUGAUCCAGCAGGGCAGGCAGAGCAAGGGGAUGACACAGAAGGACUUGGCCACGAAAAUCAAUGAAAAACCCCAAGUUAUUGCUGACUAUGAAUCGGGCAGAGCAAUCCCCAACAACCAGGUUAUGGGCAAGAUCGAAAGAGCCAUCGGCCUUAAACUGCGUGGGAAGGACAUUGGAAAACCACUGGAAACUGGUCCCAAAGGGAAAUGACACCAAAGCCUCGAAAUCAGUUUGUUCAUCCUGAUCUCACCUGGCUGGCUCUCCUCGUCCACCUGGGUCUCACUGCAUCUUGCCAAGCUGAACAAGAGGGUUUCAGACUUGCUUUUGGGGGGGAAAUCUGCCCAAUCUGUUCCUGCUGUAAAAAGACAACCUUAAAGAAGCGAUUUUCCUGAUAUUUUUUUUUUUGUUUUUCCUUCCUCCUUUCCAGAGAUCGAGGAACUAAACCCCAAAAAACGUGCAUCUGAUUUGCCAGAAAACUUGUGCAUCUUGAUGUUUAGAAGCAGCUUGUGUUAAGACACUUGGGGGUGGGGGGGUCUGAAAUGGGAUCAUUUAAUUGGAAAAAAUGGGGAGAAGGGUGGGAUAUUCUAUACAAAUAAUUGGGGUGAGCUGGGGGCUGACCAGUGUCUGGAGUUGACACGAUGACUCAGUCACUGCUUCACAAUGACAGUUUGUUCCUUCCUUCCAGACUGUUUUAAAGAGCUCUAAUAAUAAAGUUUGAUACCCUUCCUCAG